AGGCUAAGAAACUUCGUCCACUCACUCCCAAAAACCCUAAUCAUAAUAAUAAAUACAAAAAGAGAUGCAAAACUGUGAAUAAAAUAAAAGGAAAUUUAAGCAAAACAAAAGCCUCUUCUUUUUAUCCUUCCUCUCCUUCCCAUUAAUUUCUCUUUUCUCUGUGUUUUAUUCUCUUGUUUUUGAUUCCCCACCCCCAUAUAUUUCCAAAAAAACCCUUGAAACCUUUCUAAAAGAGAAAAAGAGAGCUCGAAUUUAAAUCAUGGUUUUCUCAUCUGUUCCACCCUAUCUUGAUCACCACAAUUGGCAUCAUCAGCUUCAGCAAUCAAACAAUCAUGGAAGUGGAGGUGUCGGCGGUGGUGUUAGUGAAAACCCUAAUCUUCCACCUCCACCGCCGCCUUCACAACCUUGUGGUGGUGGAGGUGGAGGUGGAGAAGGAUUGACCAGACCAGGAUCUAUGGUUGAUCGAGCUAGGUUAGCCAAGCUACCCUUGCCAGAGCCAGGUCUAAACUGCCCGCGUUGUGAUUCCACCAACACCAAAUUUUGCUACUUCAACAACUAUAGCCUCACUCAGCCUCGACACUUUUGCAAGACGUGCAGGCGUUACUGGACUAGAGGUGGUGCUUUAAGAAAUGUUCCUGUUGGUGGUGGUUGUAGGAGAAACAAAAGAAGUAGCAAAAGCAGAAGCUCCAAAUCCCCAAGCCAAUCAGGCGCGCCUAAAUCCCUAAGUGUAAGUCCUCCACGAAGUAGCUCAGAGAAUAUGACAAGUAGUAGUCAACUCCAUCAUCCACCUUCACUUCACUUGCCCUUCAUGAGUUCUCUUAGUCAAUAUGGAGGUGCUGCUGGCAAUCUUAGCUCCAGUAUUGGUGGAUUUCAGCCUCCAAGUGAAAUCGGAAAUUUUCAAAUAGGAACUGGUAGUAGCAAUCAUUUCAACAACAUUCUAUCAAUUGGAGGGAAUGAGAAUUGGAGACUGCCUAAUUUCUUGCCUGGAUUUGAGGUAACCAACAAUUCUAGUCUAUUUAACUAUCAAAAUGAAGGUGUCAUCGAAGCACAAUCAUCUUCAAUGGUUGGAGGAGACAUAAGUUUAAAGAAUUCCAGGAUCGAUACUAAUUCUCAGCAGAUUGAUCCCCCGGUGAAGGUAGAAGACAAUCGAGGCUUAAAUUUAUCAAGGCAGUUUUUGGGUAUGUUGGAAAAUGCCAACCAACAAUCAUGGGCUGGAAAUUCCUGGGCAGAAUUUUCUGGUGUCAGCACGACUACUCCCACUACACAUUUCCUAUGAUAUACCUUGGGGUAAUUAGGGGAUCGAUAUGCAUAUUCAGGAUGAUUCAGUUAAACGUACGUUGCAUGUUAUAAAGUAAUUUAUAUAACUUGGAUUUCAAAACCUAGCUAAUUCGAAGCUUGAGUGUAAUAUGGUUGAUCAAUUAAGAUUCCACAUUUCAACGUUAAUUAAUUAGCCGCUGAAGAACUGGAGGAGAAUCAAUGGUAGGUAUACAUUAUAUGUUAAGUUUAAUGUACGUGAUGGUAUGGUGUUGGUUAAUUCUAUUAAUGUGUAUGAGAGGUAAUUCCAUGUACUUGCCAAGUGUUUCACCAUUAAUGUGUACAAUUGUGUGCUAUAUUAUGUUGAUUAUGCUAUAUAUAACUAGUGAUGUUGAUCCAGAUUUUUCCAUGGACAUAUAUAUGCAUUACUCUUAUAAACA